UUGUUCAUUUUUAGGAGGCUGGCUUUUGAUCUACAACAUUGUGAUUGACAGCUCAUCUCCUCCCACUACCUUGAGUAUUGAGACAUCAUACCGCGGUAUCAACCAUCAUAAGAACAACAACAUGGUCUUAGCGACUAUCGCCUUGAAUGAGCUGAGAACACACUUGUCCUUCACCCAGCUGAGAUUCCACUGCAAUAAACAGCUUGUACGUACGUUCCAUGUGACGACAGUCGCUAACAGUGCGGGUGAAGCUGUAGUCCAGUUCUUCAGUCGUCAGACGGAUGCCAUGCCCUCCUCCUGUGGAUCAUUUGUAAGACUUGAUGGAGACAACUCACUGCUCGCAGGGGAUUGUGCCAAUUGGGGAAAAGAUGGUGGUGCCUAUAAUGUUGGCAAAUGGGGACAUGAAGGACAACGAGAGUUGUAUGAAUUUGCAGCAUUCAUUGGGUUUAAGUAUCAUUGGGCCACUAAUCCUGCUUGGAACAGAUGGGACUGUGAUGACGAAGACUACCCUGGCCGUUAUGUAUCAACUGGAGACUUCUGGAAAAUUUAUGUCCGUUAAUCACUUAACGAGAAAAAAGAACUGAGAACAUUAUUUCUCCGAUACGGACCCAUCGCUCGUUACAGAUUUUGUCAGGUGCUUGCAAGUACAUGAUUUAAUAGAAUAGUAAUGGGGUAAACUAAGGCAUUAUUAUUAUUUUAUCACAGGUUUAUUUAGUUUAGCAGACGUUUUCACGUGGCGUCAUCAAAUUCCAAAAUCCAAAGCUAAAGAGCCACGAAAGCUUUUAUCCUCAUCAGGAAUUAGGGGAUCUAAAUUUAUAACUGAUUACAACUUUUCAGCUCAAUAGCGUGCUUCGUUUGGAAACCAGCGCAUUUUGAAUUUCAGAGUUAUGGCGGAGAGUGACAUGAAUCUUCGAUCGCAUUUAACAAAAAAUAUACCCUUAUCUCCUGAUUUUUAGCCUUUUUAGGAGUCAAAGUAUUAGGAAGGGUGCUUUUGUAAAUGUUUUUUGGUUCAGUCCAGAUAA